GGGUCAUAUAAGAUUGCGCCAUUUAACCUUUAGCUGCAACACUCAGGUGGCACGGAAUUCUGCCAAAUUAUUUAUCAGUUUUAUGGCAAAACGACCGGAAUGACGAGCGGGGAUAUUGUUUAUGACAAGAUCCACUUCAGACAUGACCCAAAAUGGAGCGGUCGCAUCGGUCCUGCAGAGGGCGGCGGGCUGCUGGUCUGUGUGGCCUGUGUCAUUGAAAUGAUUGAGAGUGAAGAUAUUGCGUCAGUGAGGAAGUGUUUUGCCUUGUCUAGUAUCAGUGGGGUGCUCAAGUGUUUUCCGGGGGCCUUGAGAGAGCUGCUCCAACAGGACCACAGAGUCUCUAUGCGUUUUACAGCUUCACUACUGGGGAUGCUUCACACCGUCGAGGACCCUGCCACUCUGGAAAAGGUUCAUCAAGUGCUGGUUCAGCUGCUUUUAGAGCUCCAGAGCGAGGUGUCAUUCCACUUUGUUUUGGAUGAGAUGCACAAACAGCUAAGUGACAGGCACAGUGUGAAAGGUUUCCGGCCCAUGUUUAACCUCCUGGGGGCCCUGGUGGAAGCGGUCCCCAACGUGGCCCAUAGCCUUGUGACUCAGUAUGUGUCCUUGUUGGAGCAUCUGUGCUCAGCCUUGCUUUACCCAGACGAAGCACUGAAGGCGUCUGUCUUAUAUGUGUGGCUUAAACUGUUCGGGACAGCUGGGGGCUCAGCAGCCCAGUCUUUGCCUGCUGCCAUCAGGGACAGAGUGUGUAUCCUGUUGCUGCAGACCUUGGCCAAUGCAGGCUCCCCAGAGGUCAUCAACAAUUGUGUUGGCCUGCUGUGGCUGCUGGUGCAGCAGGGCGAGGUGGUGUCAGUUCUGAUGAACAGCCCUGACAAUCAGAUCAUGUGCGAUGGGAACCAGAGCAUCCACACCAACAACAGCCAGAGCAUCAGCCAAAACCAAGAGCAACAGUCCCUUGACCACUGCCCUCUGCCUCUCAUACUGAAACAGUUGCUGCUGAGUGGUGAUGAGAUGUUGCAGGUGGCCAGUGCAAAGUGUAUUGUAUCUGUCCUGGUUCAUUCUCCCAGUCAGUACAGCGCUCCCUUCAUCAAGGCUGACGUACCUGAGUUUCUGUUUGACUGUCUGGCCAGUACUAAUAGUGAGGUGCUGCUGUGGUCUGCCUACAGCUGUUUGGUGUUACUGACCCAAGACCUGCUGUUCUUCACCCAGUGUCACUCUGUUUAUGGUAUUGAGUCCCUGGUGCGUAGUCUGAAGGAGGCUCUGCGGCUGUCCAACCUUGAAGUGCAGAAACAAGGUCUGCUGCUUCUUACUGAAAUACUGGAAAGACAACCCCCAAGUGUGCGUCUGUUCCCCAGUGGUCCAGGCUUUGUGGCAGUUUCAGAGGCUAUAAUAGCUGGAGUCUCCUCCUCUUGCCUGCUGGUAGCCACACAAGGUGCCAGUGCUGCCUCCGCCCUCCUCAGACUGAAUCACCAGUCUAGACCAGUCCAGUACAGGGAGUUAGAAGGAUUGGUGCAGGCCAUCACCAGCAGAUUCUCUGAGCUGCCCAUCCCCUCCCCUGUUCAUCGCCGAAACUCUGGGAAUCUGAAGAGGUCAGGCCUCAGCAGCCAGACCUCCAGGUCGGAAGGAUUUGUGCUCCAGGCCCUGGUUUGUUUUCAGGCUGCCUGCAGGUUGGCUCAGGACUGUGCAUCAGAGCCUGCUCUGAAGGAGAACACAUUCACAGCUCCAUCUAAACACAGCCAUGCACAGGACUCGCUGGAGUCUCUAUGUCACUGUCUGCUUCACUGCUGCGACUCCAUCUGGAUACCCACCGUCAUUAAACUGUGUGAGCGUGCACCCAGCGCUCAGACACUGCAGUACUUCUACUCCAUCCUGUCCUCCCAGUUCACCCUUCUUCCAUCUCUCAUGCCUGUCUUUGCAAAUAAGCUAGCGUCCUCUGGUUUCUACAGGCUGGCUCUGGAACACAAAGGCCUCCUCUGUGCAGGAAACAGGAACCCAAAUCUAAAUGCAUCUUGCUGUGGUUUUCUACAGAAACUCAGUAUGUGUCUGCUUUCCCAGUCAGACCCUGCCUCUGGCUCCUACCAGUAUGAUGUUGAGGAGGUGGAGAAUCUUCUGGUACACAACCUUCCCCCUCUGUGUUGUCGUCUGUCAGACUGGCCCUCUCUGCUGUGUGAGGCCCCUGGACUCCAGCUGUGUGAAUACAAAGGCCCAAGGGCCACUCAGUACUGUAUGGUGAUAUUGCUACACCUUGCCUUGCAGCAAGGAGACAGGCUCCUCCCAGACCAGACAGUGUUCUCCAGUGUGUUGUGGCUGUUGCGGUCAGUGCAGGAGCAGGGCAGCUGUGCCCCGUCUCACUCUGUGCUCCGCUCUGCCCUCUACCUGCUGGCAGUGACACAGGACAAGAGCCACAGCCUCGAUGGGGCUCCUUUGAACUGCAUCAGCAAGGCACUCUCCUCUUGCCAAAGCUUCUCUUCCCUCUACAUCCACCAUCCUGCACUCCUGCAUUUCAUCUGUCGCUAUCCGGAGCUAGCAGAGAAAUUCGGGCCCUCGGUCCUGGAGCUUUGGUUGACCAAGCAAGCACAGCACAGAGAUGCAGGGCCAACUGUGGCAGACGUGCAGGAGAAUAGAGAGAAGAGAAAAAUCCAUGCAGAUGAGAGGCAGGAUCAGGAGCCAGACACUGAAACCAUAGAGCUUUUGACUCUGAUGGAGAAGUAUCCAGCUGUCACAAUGACACUCCUGGACAUGCUUUGCACCAGGGAGGCCCCUCUGGCAGAACGAGCCCUGGGGGUGCUGGAAGUGCUUUUGCGUGGUCAAAGAGACUAUGAGGUAGAUUUAUGUGCCAAACUCAGACCAGCCCUUCUCCAGGCGCUACAGAGGCUCAGUGUGGAGAACAUGGGCCAUGGGCUCACACAGGGACACACUCAACAGGCAGUGCACUCACUCCCUCUGGUGCUGAGGCUACUUUGUGUGACACAGGCCAGCGACCCGCCAUCAUCUGCCUCCUACAGCAAGAUGGAUGGAGUGCACUUCAAGCUGCUCUACCAUGUAAGCAAUAUAGCAGGAAGGUUGAAGCCUGCCGACACAGAGAGCCUGCUGCCAGCCCUCAACUACCUGUAUUGCUGCCUGAGUCUGUCCCCUGCACAUUGCACUGACAGAGCUGUCUCCAUGCUGCUCUCCAACAGUGGACUGAUGGACCAGCUGCAGACAGUCCUCUCAUCCUCCUCCUCCUCCUCUGCUCCAUCCCCCUCUCCAUCAGCCUGUCCUCCUUCAGCCCUGCUGUGUUGCAGCCAUCUUCUCCUGUCCUCCCUCAUUACCUUGCAGUGUGUUCACUCCGCUCAGGUCCAUAAGAGCAUCAGUUGGAGUCUGGACACAGCUGUGCAGCGACUCCUUGUUCAGAAAAGAAGCACAGACAAUCUCUUGCUGGUCAGCUGCCUGAGAUUGCUGCAGGCUCUACUUGAUGUUGACCUAGCAUCAGCCGUGGUAUGUGUGAGCACUAGUCCUGGCUUGGUCGGGCCCAGACCCCUUGGGGUCCAAGACGGAGCUUUGUACCCGCUUGGCUCCAGAGGAGCCCAGUGCCUCUCAACUGCUCUCAGUGGACUUCUUUUGCAGCUCCUGCAGCACAGCAGCACAGCAGUGCUGUGGGAGCCUGACCUGCUCCAAGUGAUGGAGGCGGUGGAGAGGAGGGGGGUGAAGGAGCUCAGCCAGGAAGCAGCACAGGCCCUCAGGCUCCUUCUCACACAGAUCCAGAGCAGUGUCCUGCAGCCGCCCCCCACAGAGGAACACAAGCAGAGAGUGAGGAAUAUGAUGGAGGCCCUCGGCCCACAGACACUGGCGGAGAGCUGCAGCCCCAGUCUGCCCAGCAACAUUCUGCGUGUUGGAGAUGUGUCCAUCUGUCUGUCUGACUUUACACUGAGAGCGGCCGGAUGUUCCAGCUAACUGACACAAAAUUUAGAAAUGAAUAGACCAUUAUUUUCUUUUCAUUGUUCAUUUAUUGUUACAUUUCUUUGAUCUGUUUUUUCUGUUCUUGUCUUAAAGCAGCAGCUUCUGCUUAAACCUUUGUGUCACAGUGAAAGAAUUUACUACCUGUAAUUGUUCUUUGAAAGUCAUUUAAAUUUCCAGGCUUUGUUUAAGAAAAGUUGCUCAGCUAUCAUCUUAGUUAUUAGUUAAUCUUGUGACUUUGUUACAGGUAAACCUCAGAGCUUUUCUAUGAUAUGAUACCAUUAAGUAUCAGUACAGGGUGUCUCUACCAUUAAAGACACUAUCAGACAUUGAACUUCA